ACGGUAAAACACUUGAAACCGUGUCUGAGUGGUGGUUCCAAUUAUCACUAAUUAAUCCGUGUGCGUUUUACAUAUAAAAUAACCAGACAUAUUCUGUUUAUUGUGGACAGUGGUCGCCAGGCAACGUUUUACAUAACAAAACUAAAGGUUCUGUGAAACAUUGUUAAUGAUGGCGUUCACUCGACUGGUAGAUCUUUUACUAUUUGUUGUCAUGCUGAUGACAGAUGUGUUGGCUGGAAAGGAUAAAAAAAGGAAAGGGAAGAACAAAGAUGGCGCUGACAUUGAUGCAUUACAGUCAAGAGUUGAGGCUUUGGAGAAGAAUUUUUUGGUAGUUCUUCUCACGAGGACGGCUUCGUGUCCUGGAAACAACGUGCAUUUCUAUUUCCAUGUUGAUGGCGAUCAUAGUCAUCAUGACGAUGGUGACGCGCACGUGAAUGUUGACGUACACGUGUCAGACAAUGACCAUGGUCAUGGUAGUCAUGGCGAAGAGGGCCACGUGCACCACGACCAUGUUGCUUUUUGCAGAAUGGAUGAUAAAAUUGCGGACGGUACAGUUACUAUCUAUCAAGGGGACCACGACCGGUCAGGUAGUUUCCAUUUUCUUUACAAUAAACUGGCACAUGAAAACAGCGAAUUCGAGUUCCACGUGCACCAAUAUGGCGAUUGUGCAAAUGUCGGUGGACAUUUCGAUCCUUAUCACGAUAAUGAUGAAGGUGACUUGGGGACACUACAGUCUGGUAAAAAUGGUGCUAUGGAUGCAUGGAAGAAUGAAACUCACCUGACACUGUUCGGAGAGUAUUCUAUUCUUGGUAGAAGUAUAAUGGUACAUGACGAAUAUAAACACGAGUCGUGUUGUACGUUUGGCUGGAGUCCAGAGACACAUGACCAUCAUGAGGAUCACAGUCACGCCCACGACCACGAUCACUCAACCCACGAUCACUAGGCUCAAGACCACUCCCACACCGAUGGUCACUCCCACAGACAUUAAACAAGAAGAAGCCUUUUAUUUACGUCUUGUACUUUUGCUGUUUACAAAGAAUCUCUAUAUUGAGCAGAGCAGAUCAAGUUAUAUACAUUGACAACAUACAUGUACACAUUCUACAAAAAUGAUAUAUUUUGGGAAUAUUUUGGGAAAAAACGGUCGUGUCCAGAUUAAUUUAUUCCUUGUUUUAAUAUCAUUUAUUCACAGUUAUUUACAUGAAUGGUUUCAUAUAUAUGCACACUUGAAAUAUUUUCAAAACCUUAGAAGAAAACAUAAAU